AUUGUAUAUGUUGGAUAAAAAUUAAUGUUUUACGAGAUGUUUAAGUCUAUAAUAUAAUAACUAUUCAUAAGCUAUGACGAUUACUGUUUUUAAUUUACUAAGAAAAUACUUCAUAAGCUACUUAGUGAAUAAUAAUGGUACCAAAAGUAACUAAUCUCUGCCGUCUGUGUGCGGAACCUUGCCCGCCGGAAACAGUCAACCAUUCCAUCGAGAAUUCAGAAGUACGUUCUAAGCUGGAAACGGUUUUCAACUUUGAGCUUGCAAUCGAGGAACCGCUACCGAAAUUAGUGUGCCCGGAAUGUCUUUCCAAAGUUACCAAGUGGUAUUCGUACCACGAAACGGUUCAUUUCAAUCAGAGCCAGCUGAAGAAAUUAAUUUCUGCCGAGGAACCACAACCGAUGCCGCAGGACAACGAAAGCUUGGGCGACGAUCGUUUGGAUGUGGAUGGAAAUGAGUCAGAUUCGACGGAUAGUAGCGAAGAGUCAGUGCGGAAGAAGCCGAAGCGUGCGACUACCACUGCCAAAAGGAAGUACACCAAGCGAUCACCGUUGGAGAAGUCCAAACCCAAGGAUGAAAAAAGGAUCAAGCAGACGGAGGAAGAGAAUAGGAAGAUCCAGGAAUUUUUCACAAUAACCUGCGAAUUUUGUUCGGACACGUUUGAUACGUUCUAUCGGCUGCAGUUACAUACUCGGCGGGAUCACAAUGCACGAGCCAGUAUCAAAUGCUGCAAUCUCGUCCUGUACAGGAAGUACAAGAUAAUCGAGCACAUUGAUUCGCACCUGAAUCCGAAUCGUUUCCACUGUGACGUAUGCAAUAGGAGCUACAAGAAUCGAUAUUAUCUGGAGCUGCACAAUCUAAAGAAACACAGUGACAGUGAGAAACCGUUCAAAUGUGACAAGUGCCCCCAAAGUUUCCCAAAGGAGUUUCUCCUGAAAGCGCACCUGCCGACGCAUAUCCAAGCGGAGUGUCCCCUUUGCCACAAGAUGGUGGCAAAUGCGUUCACCCUUCGGAGUCACAUGGACAUUAUGCAUGGGGACAAAACGAAGCUGAUCUGCGAAACGUGCGGCGAGCAGUUCCGCACCAAACUGGGAAUGGAACGGCACAUCAAGAGGCACCAGGGAGUGAACCCAGUCGGACGGGUCCAGUGUCACAUUUGCAACAAAUGGGUCAGUGGGAACCCUCGAAACCUGAACAAUCACAUCAAGAUAGUCCACAGUGAGGAAGACCUCAGCGUGCGGUGCGACAUUUGUCAGCAAAUGUAUCCGCACGAACGAGCCCUGUACAAUCACAAACGACUGGUGCACACCGAGGGGAAGUUCGAGUGCGAGUUCUGUGGCAAGAAGUUCAAGUCGAAAAUCUCACUGAAGGAGCACCGCGCCUCGCACACCGGACAGCCGCUGUAUUCGUGCAACGUGUGCGGAAUGACGACCAAUUCCAAUGCAAAUCUAUACACGCACAAGAAGAGCAAACAUCCGGAGGAGUGGCUCGAAGCGAAGAAGAAAGCGAUCCAGCUGGCUUAUGGAUAAUUU